GAAGCCACUGGUUACUGAUAAUCCAAAUCCACACCUAGUUCUAGAAUUUGUUGUGGACUCCUUGACAGCACAUGUGAGAAUGGGUGAAUCCAAACAAGAAAGAUUCUGGAAGAGAGUGGUUGCCCUGAGAAAUGUGCAACUGAUUUCCUCAGCAGACAAAAGAGAUGAAGUUGGACAAAGACUCAAUCUUUCACAUGUAGUAGCCAUUCUAAUGGUGGUUGUUAACAAUGGGAUGACAAGUUCAAGCAGAAGAGGUGUUCGGGAUAAAGAUGCUGAGCUGCUGACCUGUGGUUUCUCCUUUCCUGGCAAUGCU